UUAUUUCGACAAAAAUAAAAGCGCGAUCGCUCAAACAGACCCGUAAAAACCCUUCCUUUGCGCUGACUCUCAUGCGCCGCGCCCUCCUCCUUUCUCGCUUCUCAUCAAAUGGAUACUAAAUUAGUUUAGACACUGAAACCUGCAAAGUGAUAACGAUGAUUCGACACGAUUGGAAAAUAAAGGACGCUGAUUUUAUAUGUUGGUAAAAGACAGAAGGAGCGAGAGAGAUGGCCUGCGCUUUCAGUUGCAGGCCCUUGUUCCUUUCUUCUCCCUUUGCCUUCCCUUCAUCAUCAUCUCCCUCAAGCUCUGCGCCCACUACCCCAUCUAUCUUUUCUGAGUUUGUCAUCAGGGCGUCUUCUAAACCAGUUAAUGCGGCUACUGCUAGCUCAUUGCCCUUCCCUUUGCUCUCUUUUGAUGGCGGUUGCGACGGUAACAACAACAACAACAACAACGAUGAUGGGCCCUUCGGGUCUGAUUCUUGGCGGUGGAACGACGAUUCUUCAUCUUCUCAUUCUUAUCCUUUUCUUUUAUUCCUUUCUUCACUCUUUGCUUGCUUCUGCCCUUCUGAAUUAUCUUCCGCCCUCGCAAGAACCAACGGGGAUUCCCUGGAGGACGACGUCGUUUGGGAAGUGAGAGGGAGCAAGUGGACUAAGCUUAUUCCUGAUUUCUCCGAGGAUGCAUUUGUAGCUUCGAAUGGGAUUUCGAAUUUAACAAAAUUGUUGUCUCUGUCAACUAUGUGGUGGCAAUGCAGAGACGUUGUCAUGCGGUUGUUGCUCCCUGAAGGUUUUCCCGACAGCGUAACCAGUGAUUAUCUCGAUUACUCUCUUUGGAGAGGCGUACAGGGCGUUGCUAGCCAAGUCAGCGGCGUUCUUGCCACCCAAGCAUUGCUUUAUGCUGUUGGAUUGGGGAAAGGAGCUAUUCCCACAGCCGCUGCUAUCAAUUGGGUGUUAAAGGAUGGAAUUGGAUAUUUGAGUAAAAUCAUGUUGUCUAAAUAUGGAAGGCAUUUUGAUGUCAAUCCUAAGGGAUGGAGGUUGUUUGCUGAUCUCCUUGAAAAUUCUGCCUUUGGAUUGGAAAUGUUGACCCCUGCUUUUCCUCAUCUCUUUGUUUUUAUUGGUGCUGCUGCUGGGGCUGGAAGAUCAGCAGCUGCUCUCAUCCAGGCUGCUACUAGAAGUUGUUUCUAUGCUGGUUUUGCUGCUCAAAGGAACUUUGCAGAGGUAAUUGCUAAGGGUGAAGCUCAGGGAAUGGUAAGCAAGUCCAUUGGAAUUGUGCUUGGUAUCGCCUUGGCUAACUAUAUUGGCUCAUCUACAUCUUUUUCCCUUGCUUCAUUUGGUGUGGUUACUUGGAUCCACAUGUACUGCAAUCUGAAGUCAUAUCAAUCUAUUCAACUGAGGACUUUAAAUCCCUAUCGUGCGAGUUUGGUUUUCAGCGAAUAUCUCCUGAGUGGUCAGGCACCUUCAAUCAAAGAGGUCAAUGAUGAGGAACCACUUUUUCCAGCAGUACCAUUCCUUAAUUUACUUUCUGGUAACAGAGAAUUAUCAGUUGUACUAUCUUCAGAAGCAAAGCAGGCAGCUUCUGAAAUUGAACAUCGGCUGCAAUUGGGGUCAAAACUCAGUGAUAUUGUCAACAACAAGGAGGAUGCAUUAGCACUAUUCAGUCUGUAUAAAGAUGAAGGCUACAUUCUGACUGAACAGGAAGGAAAAUUCUGUGUAGUGCUUAAAGAUAGUUCUUCCCCACAAGAUAUGCUCAAGUCACUGUUCCAGGUAAAUUAUUUGUACUGGUUGGAGAGGAAUGCAGGAAUUGAAGCAAGUGGUGCCUCCACUGACUGCAGACUAGGGGGGAGGCUGCAAAUAUCUCUGGAGUAUGUGCAAAGGGAAUUCAACCAUGUUAAAAUUGACAGUGAAUCGGUGGGUUGGGUAACUGACGGACUUAUUGCCAGGCCUUUAUCAAAUCGAAUUCGUCCGGGUUAUGUGGGUGUAUCAAGUGCCUGCUGAUAUCAAAUGGAUAGUGGUUUUUAUUCAAUCACAUUCACAUGGUCUUCUGUUAGCAAGUAAAUAAGAUCACCAUAUGAAUUGGAUCAUGGUGUAAUGGCUAACUCCUGUUUUUGCUGGGUUACAACUUCCCUGCUGCAAAAUUGUACGGUUAAUGAUCUCCAAUUGGGAUCUAAGUGGAUUCUGCUGCUGAUUAUAACGACUGAAUCUAAGUGGGCAGUCCGGCGGUUGCAUUUCACCCAUUGAAGCAGUGUUUUUGCCAUAGAAGUGUUUUUUUUUUUUUUUUUUCUUUUCUUUAGAAAAUAGGAUCAAUUUCUCAUCUCGAAUGUGAAUGGAACAGCAAUUAAGUUUCUCACUGAGUUGCAAGAAGUUGCCAUUACAAGACACUUAAAGAAGGUAUAUAUUUAGUGAAAUAAUUUCUUGUAGGAAUUGUAUUUUCCUUUUGGUUUAGUGAGUAUGAUAUGUUUUAUUUAUCUUCUUUGAUAAUAGACUUUAUUGAAUAGCCGGUGUAACAUAAUAAUAAGCUAUUAAGUAAUUGGUUCAAUUGAUUAAAAUUUAUUUUUUUUAACGAGAAUGUCUUGAUUUGAGUUUUAUUGAUGAUUGUUUGUUAAAAUUAUUUUGAAU